CGUCUUUGUUUAUCCCUUUCUCCAAGUAACCAAAACCAAUAGCCAAGCAACCGAAUACCAAACCAACACCCCCCCACCCCAAAUCUAUAUAUUUAUCAACCUAAACCCGCCGCCUCCACGUUCCCAGUUUUACAGCAGUCGGCUCUCUUCUUCUUCUUCUUCUUCUUCUCUCCCUCCAUGGACCAUAGCUCCUUAAUUUUUCCUUCUUUCUGGGUUUUCCUUGUUACUUAAUGUGCUUUCCUCCUCCUCCUCCUCCUCCUCUGUCAUCUUCAUCUUGCUUUCCGGGUAAGCUUCGUAUCCUUUUUCUUUCUUUCUUUCUUUCUUUCUUUCUUUAUUCUGUAAAGAUAUUCGUAUUCUUCUCGUCCCUGCGCCCAUCCUUUUCUCUUCUUUUCUUUUCUCUUCUUUUCUUUCCUUUUCCCUUGAUUAUAAUUCAAGGAUUUAGAAUUCGUUCAUUGUUGGGCCCUGGGGUUGGUUGGUUCGCGUCCUCUUCAUGCAAGAAUCGUGGGAUUAUCUCCAGUUGUGAGAUUAUCUCCAGUGUCGGUUCCCUACAGUUUAACUAAAGCUAAGUUUUCGUUCCUUUCAACAUAUUAUAUAGCAGAUUGAAGAUUCUUUGUUCACUUGGAAAUUUGUCAUGGAAGCUGCUGCUCGCAACGCUGCCCAUCAAUGUCGGUUAUUCUCUGUAAUUCCCACCGCCAUUAAUGGCAUUCCAGGUUUAGCCUUUAACGACAACAAUAACAUUACAAACCGUAGACCAGGCACCCAGUUUAAUCCUUCCUCCCUGGAAGAUUCAGUCUCCGGCACCGAUCAUGACCAAGAUCAAGAUUCAAUCUCCGAUUGCGAAAGCGGGGUUUGCGGAACGAACACGGAAACCCCCCAACUGUUUGACAAUGGCCUGGUCAAGCUGGACGAGGAAGACAGACUCCACGACAUCAUCAAACGCCGGUUCGUCUCUGGUUUGGGCUCUCUGGGGUCGCGAGCAUCUAUAGUUGCCAUCCACAGAAACUCUUGUUCCAGCUUCACCGCACAAGCCCGCCUCCAAUCCUUCCACAUUUUCGCCGGAGCGACGGAGAAGAAGCUCGCGGGGAGUCCCAAUUUGAAGUACGCCUGGUUUGGCGCUUCCUGGGAUGAGAUUCAGAACAUCGUUUCACACGGAUUUGGUCACUGCCAGAAGGAUGGAUUGUAUGGCCGCGGCAUCUAUCUUUCCCCUGACGAUUCCUCACUUGAAAGUGUGAAAUGCUCGGUUGCUGAUGAGGAUGGGUUGAGGCAUGUGUUGCUUUGCCGGGUGAUUCUUGGGAAGAUGGAGCUUGUCAGGCCUGGUUCGGAUCAGUUCUGUCCGAGCUCCGUUCAGUUCGAUUCCGGCGUCGACGAUCUCGUGGCUCCUAAGAAGUAUAUAGUGUGGAGUACCCACAUGAACACCCACAUCUCGCCGGAGUACAUAGUCAGUUUCAGAGCUCCUUCCUGGUCACCACAAGAUGAGCAGCAUAAGAUUGAAGGUGCAGCGAGGAAACCAAGUUCACCAUGGAUGCCAUUUUCUACUCUGAUCUCUGCACUUGAAAAGUUUUUGCCGCCUCAAACCAUGAGGCUGAUCUCCAAGUGUCACAAAGAUCACAGAGAGAGGAAAAUCUCAAGGCAUGAAUUGAUACGACGGGUAAGGGAGAUGGCAGGCGACAAAUUGUUAACUGUUGUCAUCAAAUCUUUCAGAGAUAAAUAAGCAGCAUCAUAAAAUCAGAAGGGGGAAUCAUCUGUGUGAGAGAGAGAGAGAUUAAUUCCAAAGCACAAAAAGGAGGACUUGGUAGCAGAAGAAACGCACACCUUUUCUUUUUUGGCUUUCUUAGUGUUUUGUGUAUUCAAACCUAACAUGGACAUGGAGGAAGAAGUCUGUUUUACUUAACAGAGAUGGUUUAUAGUAAAGAAAGAGGAUUUCGGUUCGGCCAGCAA